AUGGAGGUAAUGCAAGACUUUAUCCUUCCCGCCCUCAAGGGCCUUCCCAGCACCGUCUGGACAGGCCUCGGCAUCCUGGACACCUUGGUGAGCGCCUUGCUAUACGGCCCCGCGAUGCCUCACGACUUCCCGCACAACAUCUCCCGGACAAUCCUCGUCACCAAGCCCGAGUACCUCUUGCAGAUGGGCGCCAAGCUGUUCGGUAUCAACAUCAUCGGCUCGGACGGUGAGCAGUGCGCCACCUUCCGCAAGCUCCUCAAGGACGGCUUCUGCCUGCCCGCGCCGCCCGACUCGUUCCGUCAAAAGGCCCGGGACCAGUCCGACAGGCUGCUGCAGGCCUAUCAGGAGCAGCCCGGCGGCGUGCUCAUCGGCCCCGACGUCUGGCGCUGGGCGCUCUCCGCUCGGGGGCGAGUCCUGGGUGUGCAGAACCGCAAGCUUAUGAGCCGCCUUAAGGGCCUGUUCCCGUUCCUCGACAACCUGCCCUUCAAGCUGGACGUCACGCGGCGCACCGACACGCUGCUGCACGAGUUGCAGCUCCGGCUGCUUCAGCUCGCCGAGGACCGCCUGCACCGCGCGCGCGAGCAGUACCUCAUGUCCGACUACCACUGGCAGCUCCUGCGAGACGAAGUGACUAGGGACAUUCCCUGGAAUUAUUCGUUCAGGGACUUGAACCGCCUGCCGCUGCUCAACGCGGUCGUCUACAAGGCGCUGCGGCUGUACCAGCUGCUCGGGCAUAUCUCGAACCGCAUCGCGACGGAGCUGUGA